GGACUUUUCUCAGUCCCAGAGUUAGAGCCGCUGUUGAUGUUGUAGUGGCAUCAUCAGAGAGAGCCGAGCUGGACCAGGAUAAACUCUGACCUCAGCAUCAAGCUGAGCAUUUUUCUUCUUCUUCUCCUCCUCCUUCUUCUUCUUCUCCUUCUUCUCUUUGAAACUCCCACUUUACCUUCCCCACUUUGCGCAGACUGUUCAUUGUUGUGGCUGCCGCACUGACUGAGCCUGACCUGCGCCAAAGGAAAAGAGCACAGUGUGCACGAGUGACGGAUGGAACUUUAAACUUUUCAUCCCACGGAAACACAGGAGGACACGCUGACUGUGGAGCGAUGCUGUGGAUGUGACUUGAUAACAACACCAGUUUCUCAACGCUAGAGUCUCGUGAAGCACAAUGAAAGACGACUUUGCUGAUGAAGAGGAGGUGCAGUCCUUUGGUUACAAGAGGUUUGGUAUUCAGGAGGGUUCGGAGUGCACCAAGUGUAAAAAUGACUGGGCGCUGCGAGCAGCUAUUGCACUGCUCUACGUGCUCUGUGCGCUGCUCACCAUAGCAGUGGCUGUCCUUGGAUACAAAGUGGUCCAGAGAAUGGACAAUGUCACGGAGAGGAUGCAGAAUUAUGGAGGCAAGAUAAAUGCAGUGGAGACGGAUUUAAAGAAACUAGAUGACCAAGCCGGAGAGAAGUCAGUAAAUUCUACCAGUGAAAUCAAGACUUUCAAAUCAGAUCUGGAGGCAUUACAGAGCCAACUGAAUAAUAUUGGACUCAGGUCGACGAAAAACAGGGACAUCCUCGAUGACCUUCGAAUAACAGGAGAUGACAUGCAAAACGGCCACGUGUCCCUGCAGAGCUUUCUGGAUGGAAAUGUGGCCUCACUGCGCGGACUCAACGAAACGUUGGUCUCCUACAGCAGUGUGAUUGACGACCUCCAGACAGACACUGCGCGGCUCCAGUCGGAGCUACAGGGUCAGGUUAAAGAGCAGAGUCAGACCCAGGUUAGUGUCAGCGCACUAAACAUCACCCAGUCCCAGCAACGCAAUCUGCUCAGUACACUGCAGAAGACGGUGGAAGACACGAGCCAGACAGUGCAGAAACUGAAGAAUGAUUACCAGGGUCUGCAGCAGACAGCGUGGCAGACCCGGGCCGACACGGAGUGGUUAAAGGAAAAGGUGCAGAAUCUCCAAGUAUUGGCUGCAAAUAAUUCUGCCCUGGCCCGGUCCAAUGGAGAAGCUCUGGAUGAAUUAGGGGCUCAGCUAAGUACACUAGCCAGCCAGAUCCAGAACACUUCAGCCAUCACUGAGGGACAUGACCAGAGCAUGCGAGAGCUGAUGGACCAGCAGCGGGACCACGACAACACCACUUCCUUGAAGUUCGAUGAGGUGGAAGCUCGGUUAGACAGACACGAGAAUGACAUGGACCGCGUGACAGGGAACGUGAGCUUCGCCACGCAGCUCCUCGGCGCCAUUAGCGUCGAUCUGAAUGGACUUAGAUCAUGUGCUGAGACAGUGAUUCAACAUUCAGACCUGUUACUGGGCCUGAACGGUAGCGUGACGGACGCCAAAGCAGAGAGCAAAGAGCUGCGAGUCCAGCAGGACGAGCUGACGUCCAGGUUGGACAGAGAGGUCAACAACCUGUCCAUGGUGAUGGAGGAGAUGAAGCUGGUGGACAGCAAGCACUCUCAGCUCAUAACCAACUUCACCAUCCUGCAGGGUCCACCGGGUCCAAGGGGCCUCAAGGGAGACAAGGGUCCUCAGGGGCCAGUUGGCCAGACGGGACGAAAGGGUGAUAAAGGAGACAAAGGAAUUCUAGGAUUGGUUGGACCUAAAGGAGAGCAAGGUGCUGCUGGUCUACCAGGUAUGAUAGGUCCAAAGGGUGGAGCUGGACCGCGAGGUCUACCGGGGUCUAAAGGGUCAAGAGGUUCUGGAGGUCGACCUGGAAACUCUGGUGAAAAAGGGGACCCUGGGGCUCCAGGACUUCCAGGUAGGGAUGGACCUCCAGGGGUGCCAGGACCACAGGGGCCACAGGGGCCCAGAGGAGCAGCUGGGCCUGCAGGGUUGGAUGGGCCUCGUGGUCCUGUUGGAUAUAUCGGCCCUCCUGGGCCUCCAGGAUUACCAGGGAUCCCUGCACUUGCACCACCUCUACAUAUAAAGCCUCCUCAGCCAACUGAGGUCCCUGAACUCUUUCCUAAACCAGCAGCGGAACCACAAGGGUCUGUAUCCCGGCAGGUCCAGCUCCCUGUCGCCACCACUCCUGCACCAGGUUGCCCACCUGAGUUCAGGAAGUUUGGAGACAGCUGCUAUUACAUCUCCUCUGCCUCCCAACGACUCAACUUUGAUCAGGCCACUCAGUAUUGCGCUAACGUGUCAUCUCAUAUGCUCAUUAUCAAUGACAAUGAAGAACAGCAAUUUGUGAGAAAUGCAAUUGGAGGAAAAGGCUUCUUCUGGCUGGGCCUCACUGACAGAGAGGAGGAAAAUGUCUGGAAGUGGGUCGACGGGACUGUUCCUGUUUUCAAGAAGUGGAAGCCUGGCCAGCCCGAUAACUGGACCCAUGGUCACGAGAAGGGUGAGGACUGUGCCGGUCUUAUCCAUAAUACGAGGAGGCUGAAGUUGAGGAUGAGGUGCAAUCAUCUAAGCUCAAUGCCUCUCUUCACGACCAACCCAUUUGACCAAGAUGUUGAGAAAGCAACCAGUGAGAUGAACACAGCUGAGGACUGGGGCCUCAUCCUGGACAUUUGUGAUAAGAUAGGCCAGUCACGCACUGGGCCUAAAGAAUGUCUCCGCUCUAUUAUGAGAAGAGUGAACCAUAAGGAUCCUCAUGUUGCCAUGCAGGCACUUACUCUUCUAGGUGCUUGCGUGUCAAACUGUGGGAAGAUAUUUCACUUGGAGGUCUGCUCCAGAGAGUUUGCCAGUGAAGUCAGUAAUGUCUUAAAUAAGGGUCAUCCCAAGGUGUGUGAGAAACUGAAGGCCCUAAUGGUGGAGUGGGCAGAGGACUUUCGCAGUGAUCCACAACUCAGUCUGAUCUCAGCAAUGAUUAAGAAUCUACGUGAACAAGGUGUUACUUUCCCAGCAGUUGGGUCCCAGGCUGCAGAACAAGCAAAAGCAAGCCCCGCUUUAGUGGCAAAGGAUCCGUCCACUUCAACAAAUAAAAAAGAGGAGGAAGAUUUGGCCAAAGCUAUAGAGCUUUCACUGAAGGAGCAACGUCAGCAGCCGCAGUCAUCUCUGUCAAGCCUUUACCCAAACACCAACCAGCUAUCCUCACACAAAUCAGAUGGCAGAAAAGUCCGCGCCAUCUAUGACUUUGAGGCUGCUGAGGACAACGAGCUCACCUUCAAGUCGGGAGAAAUCAUCACCAUCCUGGACGAUAGUGACCCAAACUGGUGGAAAGGGGAAACGUACCAGGGAAUUGGGCUGUUUCCCUCUAACUUUGUCACUGCCGACCUCACUGCAGAGCCUGAGAUGAUGAAGACGGAGAAGAAGACGGUACAGUUCAGUGAGGACGUACAGGUGGAGACCAUAGAACCCGAACAAGAGCCUGUAUAUAUAGACGAGGACAAAAUGGACCAGCUCCUGCAGAUGAUCCAGAGUGCAGAUCCCACAGACAACCAGUCAGACAGCGUUGAGUUACUACAGCUUGAAGGUGCUUGCAAUCAAAUGGGGCCCCUCAUUGACCAGAAGUUGGAAGAUAUUGACAGGAAGCACUCGGAGCUGUCGGACCUGAACGUCAAGGUGAUGGAAGCUCUGUCUUUGUACGCCAAGUUGAUGAAUGAGGAUCCAGUCUACGCCAUGUAUGCCAAGCUGCAGAGCCAACAGUACUACAUGCAGCCGCCUACUAAUGCAGCACAACAGGUCUACCCUGCUCAGCCUGCAUCAGGUUCAUAUGCAAUGAGCAGUACUGCAGGGCAGGGUUACACUAUUCCCAUGGAGCAGCUUCCUGUUGUAAGCACCAUACCUGGUCAGCAUCCUCCCAGUGACGUUCAUAUGUACAUGGGCCAGCCACCGGUCUACACUGCAGCACCAGGCACCAUGGCCCCAGCAGACAUUCAGUCCUACCACAAUCCUGGUCUCGCCCCAGGCACGACCCCCACAGGCAUGACGCAGGCGCCGAGCUACAGCAACCCCACUGGCCCGAGCAUAGCACCUUCCACAGAUGCCGCACAGGCCCCCUACACACAGAAAGCCCUGCUAUAGGACCCUCGUAGAUCACAAACACAUACAGUCCGUUCACCAGACCUAAACAAAUAGUUAUCUAAGAUAAUUUAUUUUAAAUCUAUUUUACGAUUUGUUUUAUCAUGAAAUACGGGAUUGGCGGAAAUGUAAACACCAAGAAUAACCUUGACAUUUGCCAUGCAGUUUUAUUUUAUCUGGCAGAUUUAUCAGUCACUCCAGGCCUCAAAGUGGUCACAAGGUUUUAUUUGAUGAGCUCACCCCAAGUCACACAUUUUCUGAAAAUGGACACUGCUCUUAAAGUUCUGUAUUUUUGGACUCUUGUCCUCUGUGUCAUCACAUGAUUUUGAUGUGCAGACAUGGAGUGGCUUGAUCUUAAAUUCUAUUAUUUUUAUAUAUUUUUAUGUACAAGACCUGCCAUUAACAGGUUUCCUUGUAGUGACAGGACAAUUGGCAAACAAUAUAGAUAUUUGGCAACAGUUAUCAGUUAAUGAGUCAGUAUCUUUGAAAAUAUCCGGUACAUUUCCCCCAGGAAUUACAUUUUGUGCUGAUUCUAAAGAAACAUUUGACAAAUUCUUCUUGUUAGGCUUUAGUUAAAAUCAUAGGCAGUUAUUCAAUUGCAGAGGAAUUUUGUUUGUUAUUCAUACUCAUACUUUACUUUACUUGUUUAAAGACAAAAAAAACAAACAUUACUUUUGGAAAUAGUUUGAAUGAAUCGUUUUUUAUGUUUCAUUAGUACCAAGUGUUCAUAGUUCUGUCCCAGAUAACUUCUCAGAAAAGAAUGACAACUGUAACCUGUUCAACCAAAUGAGACAGAACACAAAUGCAAUUAAUAUUUGAUCAACUUCCUCAUCUACCCCCCCCACCCCCACCCCCCGGUCACGUAUGACCACCACACUACAGACAGGUGUACAGCAGCUGACACACAAAUCAACCUCAGCCACAGCCUUGUUACCCACAUGGAUUUCUACUCCAUGACUAAAAAGGGGUGUCAACUUAUGCUCACCUUGCUUUUUUUAAAUGUAUAUGUAUAGCAGGAAAUGGACAUUUGGUGAUGCUGAAAACAUUAAGCUACUACGUUCUGUAUAUGUUGUCAACUUUUAGACGUACUGAAAACUGAAGCCACUUUGUUUUUUUUUGUGGAGGAAAAAAAAAAGAAACAAGGAUUUUUGAGCAUGCACACGACUCUUGUAUAUACUGUAGCCACACGAUGACCUCAAGGUGUGGGUGCGUUGUACGUUAGCACCGCUCCGGUUGUUUGGCUCAACCUUGAGGGUAAACUCUGCGGUCAUGACGUCCCAGUUGAUUUUAGAGGUGAAAAAGCCAAAGAGAGUGAAGUGGGAGAAAAACGAGCACUUGCAUAUACUACUACGAAACAAAAUACAAAAUGACUUUCUUGUCCUUUUUCUUUUCACGUCUCCUCACCUCAUGCUGCAGAGUUUUCCCAUUUUAAAAUGGAGGUUUUGCGUCUCAGUUAUUGGAUGUAAGUUGAGCUCUGUCUCCAGUCAGGAGUUGUACUAACACACUAUAGACUUGGCUCCUAAGGGGUGAAUUCUCUGAACCUCCACGGUGUCUUUAAAGCAUCUCUUUAGUCAGUGAUCAUGUUUUUUUUUUGUAGUGCAAUUUAAUUAUUAUUGUUAUGCUAUUUUAAACUGAAAACCAGUGCAGGAUAUAUGUAUUCAGAGAAAAGUGGAAUUCUGCAUUAACUUAGUUGUAUAUUUAAAUGUCUCACAUGAGAACAUGGGCAUUUCCUGUCUGUGUUUGAUACAUGCUUAUUGUACUGACGGGUGGAAUGGUAUUAAUGUGAAAACUGAUCAAAUUGAUUUUGAAACCUUUCCCUUAAAGCUUGUUGUAACUCUUAACGGAUGCAGAACUACAGAAAUACGGCUUCUCAGAUUCUGGAACCUCUACCAAAGUCUCCAUAAGCUAUCGCGCCAGUGCUACACUGAGGGAAAAGAUCAAAUGUACAAAGUCUACUGCUUAAUGAAGGAAUGAUGAAGUAGUAUUAAAUCUGUGUAAACAGGUGUUCCAGUUGCAAGGUUAGUUUAUAUGACUAUAAAAUUGAUGUCAUUCCGGUUUCUCUCGAGGUAUGUUUCAAAUGUGCUGCUUCUUGUCCAAGUGCUGCCUUUAGAAUACGAAACAACCCACUUAAGCUCUGAAUUUGCAAACAAGAGGCCAUUUUGAUUUUUAAGCAUUAACUUGGUUGAUUUGAACAAAUUCACCCCCCUUUUUUUUUUUUGCUGCCUUUAACGUCAUACUGAAAUAAAUUAGUGUUUGUCUAUUGGAUCAAAGGCCAAAAAAAACAUUGUGUGUGGGGAAAAAAAAAAAAGUGGCUAGUUCUGGACCAACAGGUCGUCACGCUCACACCAUCCGAAGUUCACAUCUCCUGCUGGGCCACAGUGUCGAACUGCAGCCCUGAUGUAACUUUAUUAUACAUGAUUGAGAUGCUGCCUGUUUUUAAAUUUGAAACCCAAGAUUAUUGUAAAGGUUCUGUCUGAACUUGUACCCCCCGCUGUUUGUUUGUAUGUAUGUAUUCUUUUAACCAUACUUAAUUAAAUUGGUAUUCACAAUAAAACCAGGCCAAAUGUACAGAAAA